GUUUUUGGUGGAUUCUUGUAUUGAGUUAUGUUGAUUGAAAUAAUUUCAUUUUAUGGAUAUUAGGGAAUUAGGCUGUCGUUUUGACCUAAAAGCUUUGAACUUCAGCUACAAGAAGUCCGAGGAUCCAUGUUGUACCACAGUUGAUAAUGCGAUAACAUCCAUGCUCACGUUUCGAAGAACAUAGUUUUUAGGAUUCAGUGUGCCAAUGAGUCAGAGUGGCAUUUGCCUGUAACAGUAAAAGCUAUGCUAAUUUUGCAAUAAUUUUACUUAGGCAGUUGGGGCGACAGUUGGGUCACGGCUGGGUGGUACUUAUUUCAUAAAUUAUCACAGAAGGUUGUAAAAGAACGAAGCCACAAUAAUAUUAAAAAACCAGCGUGAAAAAGCUGCCAGCCUCAAGAGGAUAAGGGAUGUCUCUGCUCAGUCAUUUGAUGCCCUCAGCGCUACUACACAAGCUCCCCUCACUCCCCUUACAAGCAGUGAGGCAGGCCUCAAAGAAAGCUGGCGGCAGUACAAAGUACGGCUCGAACCGACGCGGGCGGGCCCACCACUACGGCUGGAAGGCCCAGGACGGCCAGCUGGUGACUGCAGGCAGCAUUCUGGUCAAGCAGCGCACCCUGCGCUACCACCCGGGAGAGAACGUGCAGAUCGGCCGCUCUGGCGACCUGCUGGCGCUGCAGAACGGCACGGUGGCCGUCACGUGCGAGCCGUUCACCCCGGACACCGAGAGCGGACAUGUCUGGGUGAAGAGGGCGUACGGCGACCGGCCCGCCGGCACCGUCAUCUACAAGAAGUACUACCAUGUGCUGGUGCAGCCGCAGGUCGGACGGUUUAAGCUGGUGGCAGAGGUGUGACGGCCGUCAGUGGCGGCUCGGGGGGAAUGUGGUGCUAGUUUCUUUGAAUGGGGCGCUUGUGUUCGGGAAGGACGAUACCAUCAACUCGUGUGUCAGCGUGUAUGUCGUGUGUGCGAACGGUGAAUCUUGUGAAACCAUCGCGAUGGUGUGAUAAAUUGCAGCCUCAUUGUUUCUGUAGUGUCUAACAAAACAAGGAGUACCUAUGUUGAAUCAAUAAGUCACCAGUGAGCUCGAUAAAAGUAGCAUCUAAGUAGGUAUCUCGAGAUGCUUUCUAUUUGUCUCUAGAACGCAACUUUGGUGUGUUGCUCGCCCGACAGCAUGCCGUUCUUUAAAAUACAUCACUGUUCAGAGCA